CAUUAAACUCCAAAUUGAAAAUGGUGUCAACUCUAGUUACGCCACCAAUGAACAUUGCCGUCAGAUAUCUCUAAUCCCAACACUAAUGAUGCUCUUUGAGACCACUGCCUUCACACAACUUCCUCAACUUUUGCUCACUAAAGUCAAUUUCUUGUCUGCUUCCACUUGUUCUUCAGCAAACUCACACACAACCACAACCCAACAACCACCUGAACAACCCUCUUCUUCUUUCUCUCUCUUCACCAUCACCAACACCAACAAGAACAAAAACAAAUAACAAUCCAAGAAAGAAAAGGAAGAAGAGAAAGAAAGAUUGGAUUUUUAUUCUUACUUCGAUGGACCCGAAGUUCACCGGAAAGCCGCCGCUGACGGUGGACCUUGAACGCAUGCCGGAGCGUGGGUCCCACCACCGCCGCUCCCACUCCGACACGUCCUUCCGCUUCGCCGCGAACUUCGAUGACCUGCUCCUCUUCGACGCCUCCGACCUCGACAUCUCCACGCUCCCCUCGCCGCUCCCUCUGCCUUCGCCGGGGGCCUCCGGCGCGGUGCCGAUAGCGGUAGAUUCCGACGAGUCCGGCGGAAGGCCGAGGCCUUCAGGGGCACCCGCCGGCGGGCACCUGAGGAGUCUGUCGGUGGGCUCCGAUUUCUUUGACGGGAUCGGAUUCGGCGGCGGCGAGGAGAGGGGCGGCGGAGGGAGGGGCGGCGGCGAGCGGAGGGUGGGGCAUCACCGGCACAGCAACUCCAUGGACGGGUCCUCGACGACGUCGUUUGAGGCGGACUCGGCGAUGAUGAUAGAUGGCGUGAAGAAAGCUAUGGCUCCUGAUAAACUAGCUGAACUCGCUCUUAUUGAUCCCAAAAGAGCUAAGAGGAUUCUUGCUAACAGACAAUCUGCUGCUAGAUCAAAGGAGAGGAAGAUUCGUUACACCAGUGAAUUGGAGAGGAAGGUGCAGACACUUCAGACUGAAGCAACCAACCUAUCUGCACAGCUUACCAUGCUUCAGAGAGACACCACAGAUUUAACUGCAGAGAAUAAGGAACUCAAACUGCGUCUAGAGGCUUUAGAGCAAGAAGCACAGCUUAGAGAAGGUAUGCAUCACUUAUGUUUAUCAUGCCGUCAAAAAUGGACAUGUGCUGUCCCUGUUCAUCAGUUAUUUCAUACCAAAUUGGAUAAAUAUACNCCUACACUCUUUAAACUUUUAGCACACCAUCCGUUUGAUAAAAGUUCUCUAAGAAAAUAA